CCGGAAGUUACGCCGCAUAAAGUGUUUGGCGUUUGUUUCCUGACAGACGCUGGGGUUCCUGCCGCUAUUGCGAUAAAAACAGCUAUUGUCGGGACAUCUGACGCUCAACACAGGUUUCUCUCCGUUGCAUAUUCCUAUGGACCAGCAGGCCCAGUCCUACAUGCUUGCCAGUCUGACGCGGCCCCACUCUGAGCAGCUGCUGCAAGGCCUCCAGCUGUUGCGGCAGGACCAUGAACUGUGCGACAUUGUGCUGCGAGUGGGGGAUGCUAAGAUCCAUGCUCACAAAGUGGUGCUGGCGAGCAUCAGCCCUUACUUCAAGGCCAUGUUCACGGGAAAUCUGUCAGAGAAGGAGACCUCUGAGGUGGAGUUCCAGUGUGUUGAUGAGGCUGCGCUACAAGCCAUCGUUGAGUAUGCCUACACUGGCACAGUAUUCAUCUCACAGGAAACGGUGGAGUCCCUACUGCCAGCUGCUAACCUACUCCAGGUCAAGCUGGUGUUGAAGGAGUGUUGCUCUUUCCUAGAGAGCCAGCUAGAUGCUGGAAAUUGUAUAGGCAUCUCUCGCUUCGCUGAGACUUAUGGCUGCCAUGAUCUCUGCCUGGCUGCCACUAAAUUCAUCUGCCAGAAUUUUGAAGAGGUGUGCCAGACAGAGGAGUUUUUUGAGCUGACACGGGCGGAGCUGGAUGAAAUAGUGUCAAAUGAUUGUCUGAAGGUGGUAACAGAAGAGACUGUGUUCUAUGCCCUGGAGUCGUGGAUCAAAUAUGAUGUCACUGAGCGGCAGCAGCACCUGGCUCAGCUACUGCACUGCAUCCGCCUGCCUCUCCUUAGUGUUAAGUUCCUCACCCGCCUCUACGAGGCAAACCACCUUAUCCGGGAUGACCACGCCUGCAAGCACCUGCUCAACGAGGCUCUCAAAUACCAUUUCAUGCCUGAGCACCGGCUCUCCUACCAGACGGUGUUGUCUACACGGCCACGCUGUGCUCCCAAGGUGCUCCUUGCUGUUGGAGGCAAGGCUGGACUCUUCGCCACCCUCGAGAGCAUGGAGAUGUAUUUCCCUCAGACUGACUCGUGGAUUGGGCUUGCCCCUCUCAGUGUGCCCCGCUAUGAGUUUGGAGUGGCAUUGUUGGACCAGAAGGUGUAUGUGGUGGGUGGCAUUGCCACACACAUGCGACAGGGCAUUAGCUACCGGAGACAUGAGAGUACAGUGGAGAGAUGGGACCCUGACAGCAACACCUGGUCCACAGUGGAGCGCAUGGCAGAGUGUCGCAGCACCCUGGGGGUAGUGGUCUUGGCUGGGGAGCUCUAUGCCCUGGGGGGCUACGACGGCCAGUACUAUCUACAGUCUGUGGAAAAAUAUGUCCCCAAGGUGAAGGAGUGGCAGCCUGUGGCACCCAUGACCAAGUCACGCAGCUGUUUUGCCACUGCUGUGCUGGAUGGCAUGGUCUAUGCCAUCGGAGGCUAUGGCCCAGCCCACAUGAACAGUGUGGAGCGGUAUGACCCCAGCAAGGAUGCCUGGGAAAUGGUAGCCCCCAUGGCAGACAAACGGAUCAACUUUGGGGUUGGGGUCAUGCUUGGGUUUAUAUUUGUGGUUGGGGGACACAACGGGGUAUCACACCUGUCCAGCAUUGAGAGGUAUGACCCACACCAGAACCAGUGGACAGCCUGUCGGCCCAUGAAUGAGCCACGUACAGGGGUUGGCUCAGCGAUCGUGGACAACUACCUCUAUGUGGUGGGGGGUCACUCAGGGUCAUCAUACCUGAACACUGUCCAGCGGUACAACCCCAUCACAGACAGCUGGCUGGACUCUAGUGGCAUGAUGUACUGCCGCUGUAACUUUGGGCUGACUGCUCUUUGACCCAUGAUACCCCUGGGUAGGACUCCUUAAGAGAAGAGUUGGACGAAAGGCUUUUCUUUUCUUUUUUUCCCCCCCGUUCAUCACCAGCAGGCUGAGGGCGGUGCCACACUGCCGUGAAUCCCGGCGAGCGAGCUUGCUGCUGGAGGAAUGUGCCCAGCUGGCGACAGGGGACCACCGAGCUGGCCAGAGUGAGAAGGGUCUGGUUUGGGUGGAGGAAGGUGCGGGGCAGAUCACCAUGGAUCUUGUCACAGAGAUGACCACUACUGCUGCUGGACCACAACGAGGACUCUGCCAUUUUUACAGAGGACUGUGGGAGAAAACUAAGUGGAGGGGGGAGAAAAAAAAAGAGAAAAAAAAAGUGUAGACUUAUGUUUAUGCCAUUAUUUCUGUUAAACACUCCAGACUUUUUUUUUCUCUUCUUCCUGCUAUGAGCAGAACAUGUGUUCCAAUUUUCUGGAUCCUUAAAGUUUGUGUGCGUGUGGCGCAGAAUGUCUGUAUGCUUGUGAGUAGAUGCAUGUCAGAUUAAAUGAUUGUUAUUUUGUUUCUGUGUGCUGGACUAAAGCUCAGGCAAGGUGAUUGGCUUGCACACUGAGUUUGAAAUGUCUGCAUCUAAAUCAGUGCUUCACAAAGAGAAAUUGGAAUCUUUAUAUAUUCACUUACAAGGGCUGCCUUUUUUCUCUGUAAAUUAAAAGAAAUAGAUAUGAUUAUAUCCUCUAGUGCAUUGCCUGUAAAUUUGUUUUUUUGCACUGGUUACUAGUGUGCGUGUGUAUUUGAAUCAAGGGUUGAAGGAGAGGUUAGGAAGGAUAAGUAAACCCCAAUGAAUUCUCCCGAGAGUACUUUCCACCUGUCUGUUUCAUCCUUGGAGAAAUUCUGAGAUUCCCCCCCCCCAUGUUACAGCUUCUAUUACAUCAUCCUGUGGUAGGGUCACACUUCAUCCCUCUUCAAAAGCGACCCUUUCCCUCUUCACUGUUGGGUUUGUAUGCUACUAACUGGUGCUAUAUUCAGGAUUUCUUAUUUGUAUUAUUUUAUUUGUUCCUCUGUUACUGUUGUAGAUGUAUAUGCCCCAACUUGAUAAGCUCCCAUGCAAUAAAGCAGGGUCUUUGCUUUGAGCCCCAUGUUUAAAUUAAACUCUUGAGGCAGUCUAUCAAUACAUUGCUGAUCUGAUGAUUUCAGUCUUUAGCCCCAGGGAUGCCAUCUGUUAAGCUAUGGUUUGCCUGAAACAUUGUCCCUGCAAUUAAAUAGUAGUGCAUCUGGUUGCCCACUAUCACUGCCAGUUUCCUUACAAAGAAAGUCUGUGAGAUUGUUGUGCUCUAAUGGGUUAGGAACAAGCCUCUUGUUUAGCAUGUGAAUGAUCCCUACACCCUUCUGCUUGCUUGCCACUCUGCUGAAGCAUGUGUGAGGAGCUGCAUGUGGCCAAGGGCUUCCUGAUGAGCUCAGGGAAGAGUGCAUAUACACAGCCUCAUGAGACAUGCCAAAAUAUGUGUUCACAAGUCUGGUGUAACUUUCCCACCUACAGACAGAGCUACAAAUAGCUUUCCUCUGUGUGCCAGAAUCAAAGGGUAAUUUUCACUGCUAAUGUAUGGUACGUGUGACAUACCGCCCUGCUGUCAUUUGGAGGGGUGGAUGAGGUGUUGUCAAGGGAAAUUGUCACUGUCACAAAGUCUUUGACAGGCCGACAAGGGCAUGGGGACAGAGCUCAAAGUGCACCCCCCUCCCAGAAGGCUGCAGGCUGAGUCUGGGUGUUGUAGCUUUGGAUCACUCUAAAGGACAGGUAACAUGAGGCAAUAGAGAGAACUAAUGUGAUGUGUAAACCUCGAGUCCCUGUUGUUGGUCCAGAAUGAAAGAGUUGUUUCCUUGUAUUGUAUAUUAUAGAUGUUUGCACAUGUGGAAAACUUAAAUGGAGCUCUGCAUUGCACUUACCAAACUACUUGAUAUUAAGUGUAAUUUCAGUUUGUACAUAGGUCUCGAUUUAGGUUUAUGGCAUUUAAACAAUGCAAUAUUGUUUUCAGUGGAUACAAUUUUUGCUUUGAAUUUGACUUUCUCAAAGUCAGGGUGUCUCAUAUUGCUGUGAUGUUAUCACACGUGGCAUGUCUGUCUGUUCACAUGUUUAUAUUGUCUGAUGAAAGACCACUGUUAUUCAAACCUCUGUUUUCCUCAUCCCACUUUGCAUUGUGUGCUCUUGUCUUUGGGAACAUGUCCAAUGUUGUGCCUGUCAGUUCACAUGUACUAGGAACAGUUUGCAGACAGAUGCAUUGUGUACUCCAGUUAUUGUUUUGCAUUUUUCACAAGUAAUGUAAGAUUGGCACAAGACUGUGUAUGGGUCUUGCUCUAAGCCAUUUUAUCGGUCUCACCAGAGAGCAGCCUUGCAGUUACAGUACUGCAGUUUUGUGUGUUCUUCCAUUUAACACACUUGUCAGUUGUGGUUACAAAUGACAGUACACUUUAGCUCUUACCCUCUAACUUUACCUUGGACUAUUUAGUCUUGCUCUAGCAAUAAGAGGCCGAGUACGAGCUUGUCCAAACAAGUAUGUGAGUUCUUCACUUGAUGAGGACUCUUUUUCAAAAUACUUCAUUUAUUUUUGGUUUAGUCUUAGGGGUAAUUAAAUUGGAUUUCAAGGUGUCAGGGUUCGAUUGCUGCUGCUGUUCUUUUUCUCAUCCUGGAAUAGUGGGCUUUGACAUUUCACACUGUAAACAUCUCCAGCAAUCCUGUCAUUUUCUUCAUGUUUUUUUAAAGACUCCAUUGUUAAGUUGUCAUGGGAUGCAAGUAAACGGUGAGCCAUUUUAACCUGCUUGACUGUACAGCUCAGUCAUUUCUUUGGAUGUUAUUCAUUUGGAAUAAUGUGAAUGCAAAUCUAACAUUGCAAACAACUAAUUGGGGAAACUUUACAUUCUUCGGAGAUCCUAAGAUAGACAAACUGCAUUUUUUAGGGGUGAAUAAACGGCCAUUUCAUAUAGUUCAAAAGGAUCUAAUACUUUCUUUUAAACAUUUGCCAUUUAUUCAAAUAGUUCUUCCAUUUAGAUUGUGUACUUUUUAACACUUGAUGUUAGGUAAAUGAGGCAUUCGUCUAUCCACAACAGGCUGGUAGGAUGAGCCUGAACAUCCGAUCAGUGAAAAUCACGCAGGCGUGAUUGUCUGCAGCUACCAUCUAUUGUCAAGCAUUUGUUUCACUAGCAUGUAGGUUAUCCUUGUGGGGAUAUUGAAAACCACAAUGUUAGGGAUGUAUUUAUACUGACUUAUUCACUGCGUUGGCAGGAAAACUCUUGGUCAUACGUGGAAUCUGAAAACAAACUGCAAAAUGAAGGGAUGUAGAGAUGUGUGUGAAGUUAAUUUACUUAUUUAUCAUGGCCUAACCAUGUCUUGUUUUGACAACUUUCACCAAAGUGCUUGUUUUAAAGAAUGCAGAGGGAGUACUAAUAUCAAGUCUGGAAAAGACUCACUGCUAUCUUCUAAAAAAAAUAAAAGAAUUGAAACCGAUGUCAAUGUUAGCCAAAUGAACACGGCUUCAUUUCCAUUUCCUAUGCGUGUGUCUGAAGGUGAUAUUUUUGAAUUGUAUAUCCUGUGGAUUAUUACUGGAACUACAAGAACCUUGCUGUAGAAGCUGCAUUUCCCCCAUAUGUUAUCAUGCUUUGAACAUACAUUUUAGCCAGUUUAUUUAUUUGGUGCAGUUGUACCCUGUUAAAAUGAAUAAAUGCCUGCCUUAAAGGUA